CGGCUCGUCACGCUCUUUUGUCUCAAUGGGCAGAGACUGAAAGCAACCGCUGCUGCCCGGAGGGCCGAACUGGAGGGUGGGAGCAGCCUUGGCUGCCUUGGGAACCGCGCUGCCUCAACUCGGCUACCCCUUGCUGGGCGGUCAUGCGAAGCACUCGCUAGAUCUGGCAGCCCCGGGUCGCUUAGCGGCCGAGGAGGCGCCAGAGAUACCGUUCCCCUGCAGAGCUACGGGGACCGGAAGGCAAAACAGAGCUGUCGACGCGGGAGCACAUGCUGCCUACCAGUGGAGCGCAGGUCAUCAAAGCCAAAUCCGAACUUGGAUUCUGUGCGGCGGAUUGCAGAGCUGGUAGGGCGAGGGUCUCCCGGAGGAAAUGUAAGGCGGGGUGGGGAUGGGGGCAGGAGGCACUUUGGCUUGCGUUCAGAAGAUGGGAGAGGGAAUUUUCCGCCUGGUGACAGUGAAGCUGGUGGAGAGGAGGUAUCAGGUUUUCAGAUGAAGCUGCUUCCAAUCCUUCCUUUCCCUCCUUCGCGUCACAGUCUUGAGGCCCUGAGGACUGGGACCUGCGACCCCCAGUGGACAAAAGUCGGCUCUACCCCUAAUUUUCUCACGGCAGGCACCUGUUGCAGAGGCUGCACGUAAAAUAAAGGCGAACGCUAGUUUCCGAGUUCAUGUAAGAAUCUGAGAAAUAACGGGGGAAACGUUGACAAGGGGAUGUGAUUGAGACCUGAGGCCAUGAGGUUAAUGGUUUCUUAUUACCAUAAAUCUGUGACCCACAACCAUUGAGUUCCGUUUUGAGGGCCCAGUAUAAGCUCCAAACACUAUGUCAUCUAGAAUUAGAAGCAACAGUUGUCGCCCCUCCUGGAGUACAGGCAGGAGUGGAUGGAUGUGGCUCUGAAAAACUACCUACUAGUCCAAGGAAACCUGCUAGCUCUGGAAUGUUGUAAUUGCCAGUCUCCUGCAGGGUAUUGUUAAGGCACUGGGCAGAUAUAAAAUGCACUACAACGUUAUUCAGGAAGAUCGAGAAUGCUACUACAGACUGCUUCCCCACAGCCCACUAUCUUAUUAACCGUUUUUAUUUUCCUUAGAAUCCCUACUGAAAUACAAGGCAGGCACAGCCCAUGAACGUUGCUUUGGAGAAUCCUGCAGAUAAGGCUUUUCCAAAAAGCGCGAGUAUCUUGUUGUAUUCAGAUACCCUAUCGUCGUCAGUCAUGGCUAGCAUCAUUGCGCGUGUGGGUAACAGCAGGCAGCAGAAUGCACCUUUGCCGCCUUGGGCCCAUUCCAUGUUGAGGUCUCUCGGGAGGAGUCUCGGUCCUUUCGUGGUCAACAUGGCAGAGAGAAACAUGAAGUUGUUCUCGGGGAGAGUAGUGCCAGCCCAGGGGAAAGAAACCUUUGAAAACUGGCUGAUCCAAGUCAAUGGGGUCCUGCCAGAUUGGAGUAUGUCUGAGGAGGAAAAACUCAAGCGCUUGAUGAAAACACUUAGGGGCCCUGCCCGGGAGGUCAUGCGUUUGCUUCAGGCGGCCAACCCCAACCUAAGUGUAGCAGAUUUCUUGCGGGCCAUGAAAUUGGUGUUUGGGGAGUUUGAAAGCAGUGUGACUGCCCAUGGUAAAUUUGUUAACACCCUGCAGGCACUAGGGGAGAAAGCCUCCCUUUAUGUGAUCCGUUUAGAGUUGCAGCUCCAGAAUGCUAUUCAGGCUGGCAUCCUAGCUGAGAAAGAUGCAAACCAGACUGGCUUGCAACAGCUUCUUUUAGGCACCGAGCUGAAUAGGGACCUGUGCUUCAGGCUUAAAUUUAAGCAUCUUCUCAGGAUGUAUGCAAAUGCGCAGGAGCGGCUUCCCAAUUUCCUGGAGUUAAUCAAGAUGAUAAGGGAGGAAGAGGAUUGGGAUGAUGCUUUUAUUAAACGGAAGCGGCCGAAAAGGUCUGGGCCAAUAAUGGAGAAGGCAGCCAGCCCUGUGGCAUUUCAGGGUGCCCAGCCAAUAACAAUCGGCAGUGCUAACUGUAACUGCAACGUGAUGGAAAUAGAUGAUACCCUUGAUGACUCCGAUGAGGAUGUGAUCCUGGUGGUGUCUCUGGACCCUCCACUGACACCCACAGGUGUCCCUCCCUUCAGAGGAAGAGCCAGACCUCUGGAUCAAGUGCUGGUUAUUGAUUCCCCCAACAAUUCUGGGGCUCAGUCUCUUUCUACCAGUGGUGGUUCUGGGUAUAAGAAUGAUGGUCCUGGGAAUAUUUGUAGAGCCAGGAAGUGAAAAUACACAAUCUGCUGUUCAUAUUGUGGUAAGGAGGGCCACUCAGAAGAAACCUGUGACAAUGAGAGCAACAAGGCCCAGGUUUUUGAGAAUCUGAUCAUCACCCUGCAGGAGCUGACACAUACAGAGGACAGGUCAAAAGACAUCCCUGGAGAACACAGUGAUGCUUUUGAGCCACAGUAAGGAUCUAGACCCAGCCCUAAAUGAGUUCUUAACUGUAUUCAGAGUAAUGGGAAUAACAGGAGAGGAGGGUGGGUUUCUAACUGCAUGAAUCCACAAAGCAGUUUUCCUUUGGGAAAGAGAAGAGGUCUUUCAUACCAGCACAGUGGAGGGGAAUGGUGUGACCUCUGUCCAUGCUCCCUUCUCUGCUGGCUUAAGAGUCUGUUCUCCAUGUGUCUAUUUCUUUGAUGACUUUCUACUUUUUAUGAAAGGAGCAUCUUUUCAAUAAACCUUCAAAAAUAAAGGAAGAUACAAAAACUAAAGUACAAAUUACCUGAAACUCAGCACCCUUUUUUAACCAUUGUCAGCCCUUUGGUGAAUGUCCUUCCAGAUAUCUCCCUGUACCUGUGUACCCAGAUAGAUACAUGUAUAGAUAAGAGUGAUCAAAUAUAAAUGCUGUUCUAUACUGUGUAUUUUUCACCAAAUAAUAUAUCUUGUGGACUUCUAUGUCAAUGAAUAUAUAUAAACAUCUUAUUUCAUAUCUCUGUGUGAUGUUACUUUUAGAAAGAUAAAGAAAAAUGAAACUAAAUAUAGAAGCUAUAAGUGGGGGUCAUACUAGGAGGAUGGGUUUUUAUCAACCUCAUUUAUAGGAAAGGAGAAAGGAAACUGAAAUGGACUGAAUAUCUCCCAUACAACCCCUUAACACAACUGACCUGUCUCCUAGGUCAUAGAGCCAACUCCUGCACCCAUGAGUUAAUAAUGUUCCAAUGUUUUCUUCUUGAACAUAUCAUGAGACAUCAGAUGGGGAACAGCAGGGACAAAAAUUGAAAAUGGGUAUUCCAGAGGCUCCAUUCCUGUUUGUAUUGGGAAGGGACAACUACUCCUGCCCCAUCUCUUGACCUCAGAUUAGAGGGUGAUAAAAGAUGACAUGUGACCUCUAUCCCCGAGGGUCCCAACUUUCUUGUAGGUACAGUAGUCCCUAUCCUCACAAAGAGGUCAAGACUGGCAAGGUGCAGGGAGGAAUGAUUUCAUUUAAGGCAGGGAGUGGAGUGAAAUGAAUGCAGACCUGAGGACCUGAGGGAGUUUGCCUGGGAGGAAAGAGGGGGCCCCUGGGCUGACGAGACAGGGUGUGCAGCAGCCAGAGCUGGCACCUCAGGGAAAGGAGCACAGAGCUAUGUAGGUGGAGGACAGAAGGACAGGGGGAGAAGGGAAGGGGUAUGAUGGCCAGGCUGGUGGGCUCCCAUCUACAGUGACAGGGACAGGAGGCCUGGCAGAAACUGCAGACCCACAGGUUUCACACAGAACCCUGGGCUAUGUGGUGGGAGGAGUGGAGGUUGGGACUCUAAUUAGGCUAGCAGACCGAUGGGGGACAAAAGGGUCUAGGCUGAGUCCCCCAGGGAGGAGUAGAAGCCACACACUGCAAGGAGCCCAAUGCAGCCUUCCCAGGGCUGCCAGGCCCAGAAUCUGCCUUGGAGUGCUCUCCUUCCAGAAUCACCCCCAAAUCUGCUCUUCCCUGGUCCCUUUCUCUUGCUUCAUCCACAUCCCCAUAAUCCCAUUCCUAUCCCCACUGCUCCAUCCAUAUCCCCACAAUCUCAUUCCUAUCCUCACUGUUCCAUCCAUGUCCCCACAAUCUCAUUCCUAUCACCCUGCUCCAUCCAUAUCCCCACAAUCACAUUCCUAUCCCCUCUGCUCAAUCCAUGUCCUCAGUCUCAUUCAUACCCGCCCUGCUCCAUUCAUAUCCCUACAAUCCCAUUCAGUUCCCUCCUGCUCCAUGCAUAUCCUCACAAUCUCAUUCAGAUCCUUCCUGCUCCAUCUGUAUCCUCAGUCUCAUUCCUAUCCCCCUGUUCCACCCAUAUCCCCACAAUCUCAUUCAGAUCCCCCCUACUCCAUGCAUAUCCCCACUGUCUCAUUCAGAUCCUUCCUGCUCCACCUGUAUCCUCAGUCUCAUUCCUAUCCCCCCGCUCCAUCCAUAUCCCCACAGUCUCAUUCAGAUCCCCCUCCUUCAUCCAUAUCCCCGCAAUCUCAUUCAGAUCCCCCCUGCCCCAUCCAUAUCCCCACAAUCUCAUUCAUAUCCCCCCUGCUCCAUCCAUAUCCCCACAGUCUCAUUCAGAUCCCCCUGCUUCAUCCAUAUCCCCACAAUCUCAUUCCUAUCCCCCUUGCUCCAUCCAUUUUCUCACAAUUGCACUUUACCACCACUCCCCUUCCCUGGAGCCACACUCACCUCUUGGUGGGGGGAGAUGGAGGCUCAGCCUCAUGUGCUCUGCCCAUCAUCACCUCCCCCUCCUCAGCAUUCCAUGAUGGCCUUAAGCCUCAGCCUCCUUAAUGCUCAUGUCCAGUAGACUGGGAGGGCCCCUCUGCCUCUGACCUUUUAGCUGAGAACUGAGCAGGAGCAAAGGUUCAAGAGACCCACUUUUUGCAUCCAUCUGGGGCACCUCUGGCCCCUGGCAGCCACCUCCAUCUCACCACAGGCGAAGAGGAACCCACCACCCAGGCAGGAGGCAGCUUCAUCAAGCCCCCAAAGCCACAGGGUCCCCCAACACUACCUGGCUCUUACAGCCCCUUAUUCCUUCCUACCUCUCCUGCAAUCUAUCCUUGGAGGGGAUUUGCCCACUCAUCUCUCCAAGAUUAGAAUAUAGUUCCACUUCCUGCUCACCUUUUCUCAAAUUCAAUCUAUAAAUGCUAUUGAAUGAUUUACCUAGAUAUGCUGUCAUGAUUUCUUUCUGAAAUCAGGUAGAAUGAAAAGAGGAGUAAAUGCUACACCUACCCCCACCCUCCUUUUCACUGGAAUUAGCUUGGAGGUUCAAGAUCAUUACUUUGAAACCCUGCUCUGUAAUUCAUCCCCUUUCCUUCCCCCCUCAUCCUGUCCUCUGUUGUGUAAACCUGAAACUGUCUAAAUUUUUACUUCACCAAAAUGAUGCAAAAGUGAUACUUUUUAUUUCAUUUUGUGUCACACUGGCUUUCCUUUAUUCAAGAAGUAUGUAUUUUGCCCAAUUGGAAGACAUAGAAGACUUGGAGUGAUCACAGGGUUAAGUGAAAGAAGGCUUUUAGAAAAUUUUGUGUUCAAUACCCUUCAUUUAUAAUUAUUGUUUUUUCCUUUCCUUUCUCCCUUCAUUCUCAUUAGUCGCUAAGAGAUGAAAAUUGCUCUUUUGUCUUGUCAGGAGACACCAGCCUUUGAAUGACCUCCUUUUGCAUUAUCUCCCUCCUUCUUGAUACUAUUUUCCCUUGUUUCCAUGACAUCAUCUCACGGUUUCCCUCUCCCAGAUCUUUUUGGUGCCUACUUCUCAGUCUCUUUUGCUGAAUAUUCUUUCCCUUCCUGAUCCUUCCGCAAUAGCAAUAAAAAUUUAAAUCACUGCAAGUGCGAUUUAUUCCAAGCUUAUUACAUGCCAGGCACCCAGUGCCAAACCUUUAAAACGCAUUAUUAGCUUUUCAUAGCAACUCCCUCAAGAUAAGUAUUACUUUCUAUUUCUAAUUUGCUACUAAUUUAAUUACUAUUAAUUGACACAUAUUUCAGAUGAUGAAACAGGCCGGGAAGUUAGAAAACGUACUUAGGAUCAUGUAGUUAUUUAGUGGUACUAGUCAAGGAUAAGACACUGGACUGACUGACCCCAAAGUCUGUGUUCCUUACUUGAGUUAGCCCUCAUGUGCACAGGACCCUAUGAGGUUGGUGUUAUUAUUAUAUAGAGAUGAUACGUGAGGAAAACAAGGUCAACAGACAUAAUUAGCCAAACGUCACAGCAGCAAGUGGCUUGUGCGCCAUACACAAGGAUGCAGCCUUUAAAGAAUACUUGUUUGACACAGGCUUUUUCCACCUUUCUUUCACAUUCUCUCCUUGCUGCAGCUAUCCCUCCUGCUGCCUGGCAACCAUCCCUUCUCCCUUCAGAGUUGUAUUAUCACAUUCAGUUCAGGUAUCAAGUUUCCAGUCUAUGCUUUUGGUGCAAAUGGUUUUGAAUUUGAAGUAUGCAAGAGGAGACAGCUGCAACAGUGAGUGGAGGAGAGAUAAAUUGUUCAAUUUGUGGUGCUGGGGAGAACUUCAUUACCUGAUUGGAAAAAAGGCCAGUUUCCUUUCUCCCAUGACACUAAAUAUGAAUCCCAGACACAUUUGAGAAGUAAAUGUAGAUUUUAUGCAAUUAUGUACUAAUCAUAUAUUUUUUCAUAUAUUUUUAAUCAUAUAUUUUGUUGUUAUAAAAUGAAUAAAAAGAAUCAAAUGUUCAAAAGCAACCCCUUUGAAAGCUGCAACACAAUACAUGUUAAAUCUCUGGGUUGGAGAGAACUUUCUAUAGUUAAGACUAAUGAAAGAAAGUAUAAAGGAAAAGAUCGAUAAUUCAGAAGACAGCAUUAACAAAAAUACCAACAGUAAGCUGAGAAACACUGGCAACAAAUAUGAUGGACAGGGGGCAGGGUUGGCAACAAAUAAGAGAAGCAAUAAUAACAACAAAUCUGUAUUGUGUUUAGACAGUUAACAUUUAUUAAGGUCUUACAAAGUGCCAGGCAUAUUCUACAAGCUCUACAUGGCUUUAUCCUUCAUCCCAUUCUUACAACAAGCCCUGAGAUAAAUCUUGUUUUAAAAUUUCCACAUUGUAAAACACUCUAACGGGGGGGGGGGCGGUUGGGGCGGAGGGAAGUGCAUAAAAUAUAAAUUUACAACUUAACAAAUUAUUAUAGAGCAAAUUACCAUAAAGAUCAAGAAACAGAACACACCAGAACUCCAGAAAUUCCUGUAAGCCCUUGCCCAAUCACAACCUCUUUCCUCUCUCCCAAACCAAACCAAACAAAACACUCUCAUGACAGUUUUGGCUAUUGCUUUCUUACUUUUCUUUAUAGCUUUACCACUCAAAUAUAGAUGCCCAAACACUAUUGUUUCUUGAGCUUUAUGUAAAUAGAACCAUAAUGCAUAUACCCUUCUGUAUCCAGCUCAUUGCCCUUACAAUUAUCCUUCUGAGAUUCAACCUGGUUGCAUGUGGCAUUGGUUCAUCAUUCUCAGUAUUGUGUUUUCUAUGACUUUACAAGAAUUUAUCCUUUUACUGUCGAUGGACAUUUGGGCUGUUUCCAGUUUGGGACAAUUAUGAAAACUGUUGCUAAGAACAUGUUUUUAAUGUUUCCUGGUACAUAUGUGCACACACAACGUACAUAUGUAGGAGAGGAAUUGCUGGCUCAUAGAUUAUGUAUAUUUUCAACUUCACUAGACACCACCAAACUGUAUACCAAAGUUGUACCAAUUCCCACUUCCACCAUCAGUGUUUGAGAGUUCCUGUUGCUCCACAUUCUCACAAACACUUGACACUGUCAACAAAGCUUCAUAACUUUUGCUUCAGGUUUUGUAUGUCUAUUAUUACAUUUCAUUCAAGGUAAUUGUGUAUGCUACUAUAAAUGAAAUAUUGGUUUAAAUUUCAUUUUCUAAGUGCUUAUUGAUGGUGUAUAGAAAUAUAACUGGUAUUUUGAUGUUGAUAUUGUAUACUGACUUUGCUAGUCUCUCUUAAUAAUUUUAAUCUGUAGCUUCCUUAGAAUUUUUCUGCAUACACAAGCACAUCAUCUGUGAAUGAUGGCAGUUUUACUUCUUCUUUACCAAUCCAUAUACAUUUCUUUUUCUUACCUUACUGCAUUGACUGGGACCUAGAGUACAAGAAGUAGUGAGAAGAGACAUUCUUGUCUUAUUCCUGAACUCAAGGGGACCACUUUGAACAAUUCAACGUUAAGUGGAUGCUUGCUGCAGGUUUUUAGUAAAUACCACUUAUCAGUUUAAAAAUGUUUCUUUCCAUUCCUAAUUUACCAUAUGUUUUUAAAAUAAUCAAUGGAUGCUGAAUUUUAUGAAAUGCUUUUUCUGUAUCUAUUAAGAUUAUCAUAUGCUUCUUUCUCAUUUAUUAGGUAAAAUGCUAAAUUACAUUAUUUGUGUUUCUAAUAGUAAACCAACCAGGCAUUCCUGGAAUAAACAAGAUUUUGUCCUGA